AUGGAGAACUAUUAAUUAUUCCAAACAUAGAUUAAGCAACAUAAAAAUAUCUAAUUUUAAAUGAGAAUAGAUAAGAAUUAAUCAGCGCAAGAAUAAAAUCAUUAGGAAGAAGAAGUAUCAGACAUUAGACUCAAAUUUUUUGUAAAGGAAGAAAAGGUAAGAUAAGGUUGGAUCCCUGAUCAACAAUAACAUAAGUGGAAGGAACUUCUACGAAAAAGAGAACUUUGA